AACCACCUACUUUCCUGAGAGCUCUUGAGCUCUCUUAGGCUCCUCGAGAUCGUUGGUUGACGGCCUGCCAGAACAAACCCCAAUUUAUGUUUGAUUCUGAGCUCGACCCGGGGAAACUAUGUUUCUAUCUGUAGAAAGAGGUCAAUUAUUAUUGGUCCAUUUGCCAUAUGCUUAAUUUGAUAUGUUCCAUUGACUUUAUUGUUGAUCGUAUGUUUUAAAGAAUUUGCUUGUUUGUUUUUUACACAUGAAUCUGUGGUUCAAAAUCCUUCAUAGAAAUGAGGAUCUGUAUCCUCUUGUGGUAGGUGUCUUGAACACUCCACCCAUAUUUUAGGGGGAAGGGACUUCAAGAUGAUGUGCUGUUAAAGACGUAAGGCUUGUUUAUGCUGGUACAUCUUCCUUUAUUAUUAAACUCUAGAGAAAUAAAGAUACCAUGGUUUGAUGAAGACAGUUUUAAGAUUGCCGCUUGAUCACAACCAGCUAUAGACUCCUCACAGGGGCUUUAAGGUUUGAGGCAAAAUUCUUAAGAUGUCUCCGCUAAGCCAUUGUCUCCUGAGCUUCUGUGUUCUAGGACACUUUUACAACAUUUCCAGGGCUUGGCAUGUAAAGAUGCCGAGUAACAUCAGAGGAAUUUUGGGUUCCUGCCUCGUCAUCCCCUGUAGCUUUGACUACUUUGAGAAUCCGCCUCGCAGACCAGACCGUGUGGUUUGGUACCAGUAUGUGAAGUGGGGAUAUCCUUUGGUUUGUGACAGCGGGUACCAGAAUGACGUCAUUGACAUCUUCAAAAGGAAAACACGUGUAUUAACUUCUACAUUCAAAAAGAAAUGCACUCUUGAAAUCUACCCAGUGAUGUGGUCUCACCACAGACAGAAGAUCUACCCCUGGGUAGAUCCGGAGCAUGUCGGACAAAGCACCUAUCGGUUCUAUGAUACAACUGUAACAAUUGAAGUAGUGGAUGAGGCAGACAAACCGGAGAUCAUGAUCUUUGGAAGCAUGAAGGUUGGACAGUCAGUGACAGUGCAAUGCACAGUUUAUCACACCUGUCCUACUCGUCCACCCACUCUGAGUCUCAACAUCCCUCUGCUGAACCAUUAUCUUUCUCCUGGCACAUUGUCUGACGGCACAUCCAAGACCACAUUAACAACCACACUGAACAUAGAAAGUGACCGCCACACUGUGGAGUGCUCUGUACGAUACACAAGGGACCUGACUGCUAAAGCCUCUAAAACCUUAAAUGCACAAUGCUCCUUUUCACCCUUGACCAUCCAGUCUACAUCAGAGGAAUUGAAUGAGGGACAGGCUAGCAAAAUAACCUGCACAGCCUCAUACACAUGCAAACAUCAAAUCCCAACUCUCACAUGGAACUACGGGAACAUGCCGGCCUCAUCUGACACCCGCAAGAGUGAAACUGCUCAGUGGAGGACUGUAUCCACGCUGACCUUCACAGCAUCAUCCAAAGACCAUGGAAGAUCUCUGACAUGUUAUGCACGAUACACUGAGGGACAGCGGCAGGAAGAGAGCAUCACCUUAAGUGUAAAGAGAAACAUGCACUCUCGUGGUUGGUCCUUCACUACUCCUGAGAGGAUCACAGCCAUGAGGGGGUCAUGUAUCGUCAUUCCUUGCAGAUUCACCUACAGUUCCUCUCAGCCUGCUGACCUCCGAGUUAUCUGGUAUUUGUCGCAGAGAAAUAGUUACCCACCUGUGUUUGACCAAAGAAAAGAUGUUAUCAGUAAGUUUAGUGGAAGAACCAGCUUGAUUGGAUCUGUGAGAGAGAGGAAUUGUAGUCUGAAGAUUGAUAGGCUGGAGAUGUCCCACAACCAGGACAGACUUUACCCAUGGGUAGACCAGAACCCUAUCACCUCCUACCACACCCUGGGGUUCUCGUUUGAUGACAAAACCACUGAAAUUAUUGUUUUAGAUCAUGCAGAGAAACCGCAGCUAAACAUCAUCGGUAUUCCUCGGGUGGGAGAGCAGAGCAGAGUGUCCUGCAGUGUGCGCCACGCAUGUAUCUCUGCUCCCCCCCACCUCACUCUGAACAACAUACCUGGACAAAACGUCAUCGUAGACACGCAAGUUUCAGAUGGUGUUUGGGAAAGAAAGGUGGAACGAAUUUGGACUGUGAAAGAAGAGGACCAGAGUGUGACGUGUACUGUUAGCUAUCAUGGUGGUCAGGAAGCUACGAGUGACAUCAAGCUGAAUGUCGAAUGUCCUCACAACAGCAUUUCAAUGAUCAAGCGUCCUGGCAAUGAAACAGAGGGUGUGGCACAGAGUGUCAUUUGUUCUGUUUCCUACAAGUGUAAGAAAAAUACCCCAACCAUCAUGUGGAACUACAAAGACAUGCAGAGCUCCUUACAAACCAACAAAAUCUCCAGUGACACUUAUAAAACAGUGUCAAAUCUAACCUUUAUUGGCUCUCUGAGGGAUGACAAUAACUCUUUGACCUGCACUGCUCAGUUUGUUAAAGGGGAGACUUCAGCCUCUGCAAACAUUCAUAUAAAAAAAUAUGAGAGACCAGUUGACGAAAUGGAUCCAGAUGAAAAUGGCGCAUCGCAUGUUCUGGCUGCUGACGUCCCAUUCAGAUUCUACGCCCUGACCCGCUCAUGUGUGGUGAUUCCCUGUAGCUUCCAGUACCAGUGGGAUGUUGCCCCCACACGCGGCAUCUGGAUUAAAAAAACAGGGGGAGUUGUCUACCAUAAUGGUCGCAGUCUUGUGUUGGACCAUUUCAAGGACCGAACCAGAAUUGUAGGGGAUCUGAGUGAGGGAAACUGCUCUCUGGAGAUCGAUGACAUCAAGCCCUUUGACAACGGGCCCUUCUGUUUCCGAGCAGAGAAAGAAAAUGUCAAAUACAAAUUCAACAACAGCUGCGUAUUUAUUGUGAUGAAAGCUUCCCCAGAAAAAACAGUCAUGACUCCAGUUCCAGCAGAAGUUGAUGCCGGUUCAACGAUCACUGUCUCAUGUUCAGUGAAGCACACAUGUCCCUCACAUCCUCCCUUGUUCUCAUGGAGUGUCCCUGACAUCUCAAAUAAGGUCACGCACGCAAUGACACAGCAGGGUAUCUGGGAGACGACCUCUACCAUCACUUUCAUGGCUGCAGGGAGAGACGGAGUCAAAAACUUGACAUGUACUGCCAUCUCCUGGCGGGGCAAGAAACAGGCCAGCACAGUGGAGCUGACUGUGAAGGGAUCAAUGAUGUACCAGUUGAGAGCCUCUCUCCCAGUAGUGACUCCAGUCUCAGCUCUGGUGUUGAUUUUAAUCAUAACAGCUACAGUGUUUGGAGUCAUCAUCUGCAGGAGAAGGAAGCACUCUGAUGACCAGCUGAGACCGCCACCUCGACCUGAGAGAAGACAUCAUGAAGGCCUCGAUAGACCAGCAAGACCAGCGACCUGGGGAGAAAAGGAUGAGCGUGUCGGAUGGCAAAACGAGAGGAACCCUAGGAAGUCAUUUUGGAGCCGAUUUUCAAGACAACAAAGGGAAACUUCAAACUUCAGUGUCCGAUUUGUAAACAACACAUCCACUGUUAAAUGUGACACUCAAAUCUUCAAACAGCGCUUUCCAUCCCCAGAGAAUAACAGGAGAACUUAACUCGCUGUAACGCCUAAAGUGGAUCUCUGAUGAUUAGAGCAAAGCAACAUCUUCCCAGGCUGAGAAAUGAAGCCAACAUGAUGAUGACAUGAAAAAAACUGCACUUCCUUUGAGGGGCCACUUGAGGCUUGCUCCAAAAAGGAGUCAAUACCCAUUCAUCUCCAUAUUUAAAUGCCCAACUUCACAGCAGAUGAUACAAAAUAUACAGCCUGCUUACACAAAAGGGUUUUGGUGUCUGUAAAUAUUUUGCUGUUCAUGACAACUGUACAGAGGUGAAUCUUAAUAUAACUAAAGUGUUUAAAUUAAUAUAUAAUAGUGGUUGUGCAAGGCUAAUGGCUAUAAAAGAUUUCCAGUGAAUACAAUGAUUUGGUCAGGCAUGCCGUGGCUGAAAAAGUAACAUCCCACUCCCGAUGAGGACUUUGAAGUCAGCGUCUCUUUAUUCAAGCAGUGCACAGGAUCUCACGCAACACAAAGUGGUGGGAGAGGAUCUCCCCGAAUAGAGGGAAGUCUCAGUAUUUAAGCUCUACAGAUUUCACUUAACAUACGUCAUACUGCUCAGCAACAGAGAAGUUACCUCUUCUCUGGUAUGCCAGAGGCCCUCGGUUGUACCAUCUCUCCGCCAUCCUCAAAGAAACCUGCUUACUCACACUGAUCUUUAAAGGUGCGCUAUGGAGUUUUGAUAGAGAAAUAUGAAAAUUGGAGAAGUGUACACUCUAAACAAAACAUCCCUCUGUUGUGAAAAUUGGAGAAGUGUACACUCUAAACAAAACAUCCCUCUGUUGUGAAAAUCGGAGAAGUGUACACUCUAAACACUCUUAAAAGAAGUGUAAGCUUUCUUCUUUGAGUAGAGUUUGUGUAUUCAGUCCAGAAAAUACAGCAUAGAAUUGUUUCACUUCUCCAUCUUUCAAAUGCUACCACCAAAUUUCAAUUUUCACUGAGACACUUAACCAUUAGAUGAGCACAGCACUCAGUUACACACUCAGUAUGUUUCAGUAUUUUUCCAUCACAUGCAUUCAAACAUCUUUACUUCUUUAAUUGAAUGUUUAUCAGCUUUCAGCAUAGAAUUUGUGCAUGUUUGGUUUACACAAUAAAUGUGCUUUUCUCAGAUUGUACAUUAUUUGUUCAGUUUGUUUUGUUGAUUCAAAAUGUAAACUUCAUGGAGAUUUGUAUCUCAUGAACACGAGAGGAAAAUGUUGUGAACUGUCUCUCAAUGUGAAAACACUUGCAUGCUGUCAGUGCACAAGAACAGACAUGGAAUAAGCCUUAAUCUUGCUCUAUCUAAACACGCUCUAACCACAUUAUGUUUGUGGGUGUUCUCAUUUUGACAAAAAACUUAAUUAUAAAAAUAAUAAUUAUAGUUUUGUUUCUGUCUUAAUGCAAUAUAGACAAAGAACCUUCAAAACAAACCUUCAACAAAUGUCACCCCACAGAAACUCUUUGUAAGAAUGGAGACAUUUUGUGAUCCACUUGUCAGCUGAGGACCCUUGUUCAAAAAUCUAAAAUAGCUUAAUAUUCAUAAAAUAAAUGUGCACCAGGUUUGCUCAUUUGUGUUUCAGUGAAGAAUGAAUCUUCUAAAUAGUCACAGUUACUUCAAAAGUUCACAAUUACUCUACCAGUCUUGUUUGCUUUUUGCACUGCUUUCAUUAAGCCCACUCUAGGUCAAACAUUACGCAGGUCCAUCGCAUUGGAAAGUACAUACCCUUCUAAAAAUCUUAUUUCUUUAAAAGGUCCCAAAAACCACCUUAUCAGUCAGAACUACUUCUUAGUUAUUUGUAGAAGAUUCUGUGCUCAUGUUAGCAAUGUUGUUCAUUUUUACUUUUGUUAUAUGUUAUUUUUGUUAUAUGUUCUUGAGUUCCUUCUUGUUUUUAUAUUAAUUUUUUGUUAAUUAUAUCUUGUGUUAUUUAGUUUAUUUUACCUGUUUUUGUCUACUUUUGUGCAUGAAUGAUUAAGUCCUUUUCAUUUGAUCUUUAGGGAGGUCCUAAUAAGCAUGCAGAAAUCCCCCUAGACUUUUCAAAAUGUAAUCUGACCAUCCCAACAAAAAUGCGAACAUUAUAAUCUCUCUUUAUACUUGUUUAAUUUUUUUGUUUGAUACAGUGAAAUACAAGAACUAUUUCUGCUGUGAAGUCUUAAUCUAAAACUGGAUUUAAAUAGGCCUAAGUGAACACAGAAUUCAUCGCACUGCUGAGGACUAAAUAAAAACUAGUGUCUGCUGAU